GAUUAUGCAAGUACAUAAGGCAGAAGGCACAUAAUCGAGGACUUCUAAUCUCGAAAUGUUUUAUAAUUUUAUUUUGUGAAUUUUGCUCACAAUACCGAGUUACAGUCUUCAGCAGCUAUGACCCUGUUUCAGCAGCCGCGCUGGCUGCGUCGCUGGAUCCGGCGACGAAUGAACCCGCUACCGAUCAGUAAAGCCGCAAAGUGGAAGGGCAGGCUCAGUAUCUUGUACGGGCUGCUCGCUUGGAAUGCGCUCGGCUUCGUGGCCUACCAGAUCUACAAUGGCAAAAACGAUUGGGCUAAGUAUUAUGGUUACAAAACGGAUGCGGAAGAUGCCCUGCCUCAAGCUUAUCGAAUAGCCAAACAGCUGAAGAUAGAAAAUGCUCGAGUCGUGAAAUUUGCAGGGAUUUCGAAAAGAGACGAGUACGAGAUUAAGGACAUGGAGAUUGUUCGGGAAGAAAAUGAUUCGCAGAACAGAACAUGAACUAAUGUAGUUUUUUAUCGUUUCGAUAUUUUAUUUCUGUUCUAGUACUAGCAGGAUACAUGCUUGAUAAAAUAUAAUUCUAACCUCAUAUCGCGGGUUGAUUUUGUAAUUAUAAAAACAGUAAUUAUUUGUGAUGUUUUAAAACGACGUUAGCUAAAACUUUUGAAAUGAUGUUGUUUUUGCUGCGUAUUGUCACAUGUUACAACCAUUGAUGAAGAGCUAUUUGCGGUCUGCACGAUCAUCGAUAAUACGUCACUAGUAUACUUUCCUAGUUACCAAGGAACUGUUGGAUAUCACAUUUUUGAAACGUUUAAUAAAGCCGUUACUGAAAGCUUGCAA